GGGAAAGUGGAAGCAGAGGGACACGGGCUCGUUUCGAUUUACUGUUUUCAUCGGAUUCUGUCGAGGUUUCAACUUUUAAACUCCGAAGCAUAGCUGAGUCACGGUCACAUACUUCACCUACCCGAUCAUCCCAUUUGACGCAACGUGCAUGAUAAUGGCUCCAGCCGUCCUAGUUUGGGACAAAAAGGACACAAGUUGAAUCGAGAGCUGUGCUUUUUCAUCCAGCGGUUUUUAGUGUUUUUCCACACAUCUGUUGGGCAUAAUAAAACACACCUGGACGAGCAUGUUGGCCUGAUCUGGGAACAGUUUGCUUCCUCAGGAAGAAGCUUGUGGACAUCACUGAAGUUCCCAACAGGAGUUCGACUUCAUUGCAUUUUUCCCACUGAACUGAUCCGUAACAAGCCACCUGGCCUGAGGCGACGCAGUGGGCUGGCCUGCUGUUAAACUUUACUUUGCCACCUGUGAAACACUACUGCCAUCAUGCAGACCUCAUCGCUCCGCCGGCAGAUGAAAAACAUGGUCAACAACUACACGGAGGCCGAGAUCAAGGUCCGGGAGGCCACCUCCAACGAUCCCUGGGGUCCUCCCAGCUCGCUCAUGUCUGAAAUCGCAGACCUGACCUUCAACGUGGUGGCUUUCACCGAGGUCAUGGGUAUGAUCUGGAAACGGCUCAACGACCACGGUAAAAACUGGCGCCAUGUUUAUAAAGCACUGACCCUGAUGGACUACCUGAUUAAAACAGGCUCCGAGCGUGUAGCCCGGGAGUGCCGGGAGAACAUUUACAGCGUCCAGACACUGAGAGACUUCCAGUACAUAGACCGAGACGGACGUGACCAGGGCGUCAACGUCCGGGAGAAGGCCAAGCAUCUGGUGGCUCUGCUAAAAGAUGAAGAGAAGCUGAAGAAGGAGAGGAGCCAGGCUCUGAAGACUAAGACACGCAUGGCUGGAGCCUCCAGUGGCAUGGGCUCUGGGUCCAUGCCCCCUCCGUACCCGGGGCGCCGCACAAGCCAGCCCAGCUCAGGAGGCUCCCUCAGGGAUGACGGCAGGUGCAGAGAGUCACCGUCCUCCUUUCACUCUUCCUCUUCCUCUCCUCGACUUGCACCAGACCUGGAGCAAGCUCGGCCCGCGACCAGUGGAGAAGAAGAGCUGCAGCUGCAGCUGGCCCUGGCCAUGAGCCGAGAAGAAAGUGAAAAGCCACCUCUUACAGUGGAUAUUGAUGAGCAGACCCAGCUCCAGAUCGCUAUGACUCUCAGCAAGGAGGAGACCCGGAAGCCAGCCCCACCUCCAGUUGCUGCUGCAGCGGUGGAAAUGGACGAGGACACCCAGCUCCAGUUAGCUCUGAGCCUGAGCAAGGAGGAGCACCAGCAGGAGCAACUCAGUCGCCAAGGAGACGAGUCCAUGCUCAAGAAAGCUCUGGAGGACAGCAAACGUGAGAUGGAGACUAAAGGCGGGACUGCCUUCAUGGACCUGGUAGAUGUUUUUGCAUUGCCUGUAGAUCAGCCUCCUAGUGACCAGCGAUGGAAUAAUGCCCCACAGCGGGCAGCUGCUCAUGCAGGGAGCACAGACCCCUGGGAUUCCCUGGAAGGCAGCACUAACCCCUCCAGGGUCGAUCCUCCUUGGAUGGCACCGCCACCGUCCAACAGCCCGCCUCCACCAUGGGAGCCCCCAUCCGACCCCUGGGAUGGUAACCUUAACGCUACAGGUGGAGAAUGGGCUUUCACUUCUGACCCAGCCUCCUCAGGGGUUGAUCCAUUCUCAGCACUCAAGGGAGCAGCAAGGGAAGCGUCUCCACGAGCUGGAAGCCCCUCAGAUGGGGAUCUGUUUGAUGAGGCGAUGGAUGGAGGUAAAAUGAAUGUAAACGGGCGAGAGGAGGACAGUCCUGAGCUAUUUGACCUGUCACGUCUCGGAGAAAGCCUGGCUGCUCCCAGCCCGCGUAAGUGCCGGACACCUGAGGCGUUCCUGGACCCAACAGCAGCUUCCUUGGUAAACCUGGACAGCUUGAUCCCACCGAAUCCUCCAGCCAAGAUCCUGAACCCUUUCUUAUCAGGCCUCAGUGCUCCUUCACCCAACAAUCCAUUCCAAUCUGAGCAGCCCAAACUAACUCUGAAUCAAAUGGGCUCCAGCUCCAGCUCUUCGGCUCUCCAGGGCACUUCUCUUCCAUACAGUGCCUCGUUGCCUCUGCCUAUGAGCCACCAGCCUGCCAGCCUCCCUAUUUCACAUACUCACCCCACCCAGCCUGGUAUGGGCCUGCCCGUGGCCCUCCCUGAGCCCUUGUUGCCCUUUUCCUCAGCCAGCACCGAUGGCUCACAGGCUGCACAGAACAGUCAGAACCCUUUCUUAUGAAGACCAACUAAACUGGAAGACAAAAAUAUCUUUGAAAAAAGGGGAAUGCCAUUAGGUUAUGCUCUUGAAAUUAAACUCUAACCGCAGACUGAACUUCAGCCCCAAGGAAUUGUAUGAAAAGCCUAUUCUUAGCUGUUUUUAUAUUGUGUUAUAAUACAGUAACCCUUAGAUUGAUGCAAGCUGGUUCUGCUUUUCACUGCAACAAUCUGUCCUGCUACUUUUGUCAUGGAUGCGGUAACAGGGACACCUUUGUAUCAGAAACCAUUAGUGUCACAUAAAUCUACUUUAAAGCUGGAGUCAGUGAUCCUAGAGAAAGAUUAUUGAUAUUUGAAUAUACCCCUCCACCAGUGCUUCUUUGUUACAGACACUCUCACUCCCACUGCCUUUCUCUCGAACAUCCUUGGUCUUUCCCCUGUCCUGUGCACAACCAUUAGCACAGCAGUUGCUGUUUGUGUGGCUCGACCUGAGCCUAUUUCUUUUUUUCCUGAUUACAGAGCCAAACUAUGUAUGAACUAUUGAUUUCUAAUAGAAGUGGAUAUGCCUCAGCCUUGCACCCAACUCUUUCCAGUAUCCACUCAUGGUGUCCCAAAAAGCAUCUUUACCCCAUAAACCCCAAUAGUAAGAGACACCUGUAAAACUGUUAAAAGAACACCUCAAAUGGCAGACAAUGUCAAUUGAGUCUUUCUAUUAUGAUUCCUUUGUUUUAUCCAUUGAGGGUGUAUACUUGUAAACUUUUCUAAGCAGAAAAAAAGUGACUUAAAAACCUGUGACAUCAUCAUAAUGUGAAAUCUUUGACCUGAUUCAAUCAAUUGUCAUUUGAUUGAAAAGGGUGCCAUCAUUGGGUACAGUAUUCAGUUCUUAUAGUACAUACAUAGUAUGAACAUUAGAUUUUUGUCAGCACACACACAGAACCACAAUUAGUUAGCUCAUUGAGCUAUUUAGGGAAUCUGACAAAAAAAAAAGGAUAAGAAUCGCUGACUCCACCUUUAAGGAUGUAUCCUGUAGAGUGCUGCAGGGAUGAUGUAUUUAUGUAGGUAGCAUUGCCUUGGUUUACUCGAUAAAAAGCCACUAGGAUAUUUUUCCAUAGACUAUCUUCAACAUCACCUCCACUCACUGCUAUUGUUUGGUGUGAUGAUGUUUAAUGUACCUAACAAUAUCUGUAGUCUCAUUUAGCAGCCUGUAAACAACGGACUUUUCUUGAGACAUGUAAAAACUUCAAAAUUAAUUUACUUAGGUAUUUUAUGCUGUAAAAAAGACCUCCUUUCAGGCAUCUAACCAAUAAAAAACCCACUGACUUUGAGGUGAGGGAACUGGAAAUGCAAAAGUGCAUUUCUGCAUUUUACAAAUCAUUCCUGCAGCACUCAUUGCAAACUGAAUUCAUAAAAAGAAAACACACACAGAAGCACAGUUUGAUAAUAUUUUCUUGUCACUUCACAUACAUUUACCAGGCAAAUGUAUUACUGCUUUUCAAGUAGGCAACAAGCCUCCUACUCACUCAACUGCUUUUGUGAUUGGCUUAACUGGCUUCUGCUGCUGUCAUAUACAAACAUACAAAAUAGAUUUCUGAAACGAGAUGCAUUAGAGACCUGUCCUGUUCUUGAAAUGUUGCUGCAUCGACACUUUGUGGAGCUUCUGUUGGGCCAGAACUGAUAAGAAACAUCAGUGUGUACAUGAUUUUACUAAAGUGAAAUGAAAUGCUGGGGUUAACUGAAUGAAAUUA